CUCAGGCAAGAAUUUAGAGACCUUGAACUUCUGGAUGAGAUCACAACCCUUCGAUAUAAUAAGAAGUUGCCAGACAUAGUUCAAGGCAUAACCAGAAAUCCUCUCAUAGUAUCCUAUAGAUCAUGGAAAGGAACCCAGUACAUCUUCAAAACAAUGCACAGAUCUCUUAAGUGGUCUAAUGAAGACCCAUACCCACUGAAUGAUCCAGAGCCUGACAGUCCCUGGCAAAUUGUCACACAGGAUAAACUGAAGGAACUUAAACCCGUGUAUAAGCAUCUGCCUGCUAAAAGAAUAAAAGCUUUGCUCACUGUUAGCAAUGACCAGGGUGAAAAAAAGAAAAAGCGCAUGCGUGUCAGUGAUGAAACAGGCCUCGAUGACAAAAAGAUGAGGACCGCUUCACCCCUUUCAUUAUACUCAAGCCCUGUCAGUUUUAUAUGGGAUGAGAACAACUACAGUUGCGCAUAUGAUAGCCUUUUCUCCAUACUGCUCAAGGUGUUCACAGAUUGUUCACAGCAAUGGAAUGAUACUGUCAAGAACCAGAAU